CCCAGUUAUAGGUUGCCAGUUCGGUGGUCAGGACAAUGCCCAAGGCCAAGGGGAAGACCAGGAGACAGAAGUUCGGUUACAAUGUUAACCGGAAGCGUCUGAACCGGAAUGCUAGACGGAAAGCAGCGCCACGGAUCGAGUGUUCCCACAUCCGACAUGCCUGGGACCAUGCCAGAUCCGUGCGGCAGAAUCUGGCCGAGAUGGGGUUGGCUAUGGACCCCAACAAGGCGGUGCCCCUCCGUAAGAGAAAGGUAAAGGCCAUGGAGGUGGACGUAGAGGAGAGGCCUAAGGAGCUUGUACGGAAGCCCUAUGUGCUAAAUGACCUGGAGGCAGAAGCUAGCCUUCCAGAAAAGAAAGGAAACACGCUGUCUCGAGACCUCAUUGACUAUGUGCGCUACAUGGUGGAGAAUCAUGGGGAAGACUAUAAGGCUAUGGCCCGGGAUGAGAAGAAUUACUAUCAAGAUACCCCGAAACAGAUUCGGAAUAAGAUCAACGUCUAUAAGCGUUUUUACCCAGCGGAGUGGCAAACUUUCAUUGAUUCUUUGCAGAAGAAUAAGAUGGAGGUUGAAUGAUUGACUAUACCUGCCUCAGGCUGAGGUCUCCUCCUGGACCAGAGAAGCUCCUUAAGGCAAGGAGGGGCAUGUGGCCAGAUGGGGCUGGCCAAACCCCAUGGAAUCAGAAGGUUGCGCACACACUCACACUCCCCUUUCUGGGGAAGGGACUGUCUCCACGAGGCUUCUGAGGGCCCUGAGAAAAGCCAGAACCUACUGUUUUCAGAGUGGGUGGUUUGUUUACAUAUAUCUGUACAUAAUAAAACAAGACUAUUUUA